AUGGUAAUUACAGUAAGAAUACAGACUAAAAAAAGUACACAGCAUUUUAGACAUAUUCAACUAAUAAUAUCUGCAUGUCUUACAUUAAUCAUUGGUACAUUUACUAUCGUUUAUACAAUACAACAAGAUGCUAUUGAUAAAGCUUAUCGUCAACAACAUCUACUGGUUGUCCAAAUAUUACAUAAACAAACUGUCUACGAUACCUAUAUCGAUCAUAUUUCUACGCAACUUCUUGAACUCCCUGAAAAGUCACGUAGUAAAAAUGGCAUUUGGAAGCAAUUACAACAACAUAUAAGUGUAAAAACACUCAGUGUAUUGCCUCAAGUUAACUUAAAUCAACGUAAAAAUAUUCCAUUCUUUCUUUAUGACAAUGGUUUGAUUCGUUUGGACUCAGAUUCCGAUCCAGUAGAUUUAAGUGAAGCUGAUUUUUCUACUCUUCGUUUUGUGGAUAAUCAUAUUAUCUUAUUAAGGAUAUGGGUGUGGGUAUGA